GUAAUUUGUAAAGUGGAAUCGUUACAAAAUAUUACAAAAUGACUUCAGCACUUUAUUUGGAACAUUAUUUAGAUAGUCUUCAACAUCUUCCUAUAGAAUUACAAAGAAAUUUUAAAUUGAUGCGUGAUCUCGAUGACCGAGCUCACGGACUAAUGAGGACAAUCGAUCUUAUGGCCGACGAAUUAUUACCGAAUAUUCCUAAAAUGGACGACGAAACAAAAAAAGAGAAGGUGAACACUAUUCAGGGAUUAUUUAAUAAAGCUAAGGAGUAUGGAGACGAUAAAGUGCAACUCGCAAUUCAGACGUACGAGUUGGUAGAUAAGCACAUACGGCGCCUUGACUCUGACCUCGCACGCUUCGAAACUGAAAUUCAAGAGAAAGUAAUGAGUUCGCGUACAUCGCAACCUGGCGCGGACCCGGAAACUAACACUACUACUGUAAAGAAAGGCAGAAAGAAACAUAAAGCUAACGAAAAGGCAGCUACGUCUACAGGUAAGAAAAAACGUGCGGGCGCCUCAAGCGAGGAUGACGCAGUAGCGAAUGGCAGAUCGGCAGCAAAGAAGAAAGUACAGAGGAAAGGUGCGACUACUGCUACAAAUGCUGUUAAGGAACAAGAAGAAAAUGCUGACCUGGAGUCUGUCGCUGGCAUGGCGCACCCAAGUGAUGUCCUCGAUAUGCCAGUGGAUCCCAAUGAGCCCACUUAUUGCCUUUGUCACCAGGUGUCUUACGGUGAGAUGAUAGGGUGUGACAACCCCGAUUGCCCCAUAGAGUGGUUCCACUUUGCUUGUGUUGAUCUUAAAAUUAAGCCCAAAGGCAAAUGGUACUGUCCUAAAUGUACACAGGACAGGAAGAAAAAAUGAUCCACAUCAAAACCUCCCGCUAAUAAAGCCGCAGAAAAGACUGUGCCUGUGAAGUCAGAGGUGAAGUGACUGCCUAAAUUAUAAUUAGUUUAGUUAAUAAGCACAUGGAUAAUUUAGAAUUAUUAAAUUAU